GUGAGCACGAUUUGGUGAAUGAAGAUGAGCUAUAUGGGUAUCAAGAGAGAAGAGUGUAAACUGUGACGAGCCAUCCACAAUUCGACGCGCGUACUUUCGAGUACGAUCUUGCUUUGUUGCGAUUCUAUGAGCCUUUUCUGCCAUUUCAACCAAAUGUUUUGCCAAUCUGCCUGCCCGACAAUAAAACCUACAUUGGUCGUAUUGGUCCAUGUUACUGGCUGGGACAGAUUUUACGAGAGAUCAGUACCGUCAGUACUACAGGAGAUUGCAGUACCGGUUAUCAAUAAUACUGUAUGUAAAGCGAUGUACAAAAAUGCGGAUUACAUUGAGCACAUUCGACAUAUACUUAUCUGCGCCGAUUGGAAGAAUGGCGAAUUCCACUCUUGCGAGGGUGAUAGCGGCGGUGGUCCAAAAAACGCCAGACAAGCGAUGGAUCCUUGUUGGAAUCGUCAGCUGGGGAAAAAGUUGCGCUUCGCCUAAUCAACCUGGCGUUUGCACACAUAUCUUAGAAUUUCGCGACUGGAUCAAUUAGAUCCUGCAGUUCUGAGCAAGUUCUCGGAAAGAGCAUGAUUCACGCUCGAAAUUCGCGCAUUUGCAUCGCGCCGACUCCUAUGGAUUUGUAACGAUCGCCAAGCAGACGAACGGCACCAUCUGCCGGAGAUGUGAGCCAAGUGCAAUUUAGAGGAAAAAUCUAAGAGAUCUCAGCACGGAGAUUCAUAGAGAUUUGUGCGCGUGUUGCGAACUUACACGACAUGUGGAGCCACUGAUUCAAUUUUUCUGUGUAAAACCGUAACAUAUGCAUGUACACGCGAUUUCCCGGGAAAAUCCGACAUGUUACAACGAUACAAAGGGUACACUCGAUUUGCGUAUCGGAGAUAUUAUGGAUAUCAGUAAUAAGAACAUCAGACUUUGUGACGAAAAUUUUUGAUCAACUUAGACUCUUUUAUCUAGAAUCGAUUUAAAAUAGUUAAUUCCAGGAUAUAGCAUUACUUUUUUAAAACAAAUUGUUCUUUUAGAUAUCUAUAGAUGCUGUUCAACAUUAAU